AUGGUGAUGGCCGGCAUCACCCCUGACCUCCUGAAGUUCCUGUUGAUGACGUCACUCUGCGCGCUGUGGCUGGCGGCGGUCGGGAUCCACCUAAAAUGUGUAUGUUCCUUGUCAGGUGGAGACUACCCUGGUCUGAUGAUCGAGGCGUACAAGACGGACAACACGACGAUUCUGUACUUCAACACCGUCGUCUACAUCGGACAGUUUUUCGUCUUCGCCUUGCUGGUUGCUCAAAUCUACGACUCCUACAAGUUUGCCAACAAGAAAAGGAUAAAAGAGGAGCGUCUUGAGGAGAGGCAGUGUCUGGUGAAGGCGUUUGACGCCAUUGACUUCGCCAAGAUCGGAGUUAUCUCAUAUCAGCAGUGGAGAAGAUUAUACAGGGAGCUGGAUCCAAGAGCCACAAACGUAGAAACUAUGGGAAGAUUUCUGAAAUUUAAGGAGCUGGCGGGGCAUGAUGUAGAUCCUGGGAACAAGAGCUGUAACACUGAGAACGAGAUGCUGACGCUUGUGGAGUUCUUGUUUCUUCCCGACGUGCUUCAGUUCACGGUAGAGAAGUUACAGGUCACGGCGUUCAGACGAGACGCCAGCCGCGAGAAUCUGGUUGCCAUGGCGACGGAGUUGCUCGCCAUUGGCUGUCACGUCACCAUGGCAACGGCGCGGGAGGAGGAGAUGUUGAGGACCUGGAGCCAGAUUGCGGCCUUCUUCUGUAUGCUCGUCAGGCUGGGCGUGAUCUGGAUCCCACUGUCCACCUGGUUCCACUGGGCCCGCCGGAUGGCCCUGCCUUACGUCAUCCUGACGUCACUCACCUACGUCAUCAUGUACGUCACUGCCGUCAUCGGGACGGAGCUCUUCGCACGUGUCUCAGGGUUCAAGCCACCUCGUGGGUUCCAGGACUUUGACACCGCCAUGCUGACCCUGUUUCAGAUCCUGAUGGGUUCCGGCUGGGACGGCAUGAUGCAGACAGUUGCCAUGGAGACGUCGUACUGGGCAUGCGCGUACUUCCUGCUGUACUUCACGCUGAUGCACCUGCUGGUGGUGAACGUUGCCAUGGCAAUCAUGGUGGACCUGGUGGCCAUCAUCCAGGCUGACAUGUCCCUGUCCAGUAUGGACCUGUCCCUCCCCUUGUCGGUCCUCAUGCCCGACCUCGGCUCGCACGUCACCGGUUUCCAUAGCAACAGCCCGACAGACGACAGUCCUCGGGACCCGGCGUCGCCAGGGGCAACGGCAACGUCACGUGAUGCGGUCCUGCACCUGUCAGGAAGGAAGAGUCUUGGCAACUGGAGGCGGGAGUUACUAGGCGACAUCACGGUGCUGAAUUCUGAAGAGCUGCGCCGCCUGUCGGAACUGAGCAAAUCUGCAGCCAAGCUGCGCACACAAGCGAGGACGCAACUGAGACGACGAAUCUCGUCCACUCUGCACGUCAUGGACCUGGAGGAAGAUGUGGAGGAAGAGGAGGAGACCGUGUAG